AACUUGGGUUUUUGUGCACAGAAGUUGUGUUUUUGGGGGCGGACGUUGGUGUUUUUGGGUGCAGACGUUGUGUUUUAUGAUCCCCACGCCCCCCAGUUGGCCUUUGGGCCGGAUGGGCAGCCGCUGGGUUUCGCCGUGCUGGAAUACGACUCCGCAGACGCCGCUGAACGCGUUCAGGCCGCCAUGGACGGGGCUGUCGUCGGGGGCAGCCGUGUCUGUGUGUCCUUCUGUGCCCCUGGGCUGCCUGGGCACAAAAUGCUGCCCGCCCUCGUCGCCGUCCGCACCGCGGCUCAGAGCCGUGGCCGAGGGCUCCUCCCCGACCCCACGCUGCUGCAGAUCCUCAGCGCCCUCCGCAGCCCCACUGCUGCCCCACUGCUGCACGGAGCCCUGGGGGGCAAACGGGGUCUCCUGGGCGCUGCCCCAUUGCUGCCCUUCUGCCCCACGGUGCUGCAGUCGGUGCUGCAGAACCCAAUGCGGAAGCCGGGGCUGCUGGGGGAGGCGCCAUUGAGGGUGCUGCCCCAGGGCAUCAUGGGAAUGCCAACGCUGAACGCUGCGCCACUGCUGGGCGACACCGCCACUGGCGGUGAUGUCCCCCCUUGCCCCCCAUUGGGCGGCGUUGCCAUGGCAGCGGAUCGGGACGGCCCCUCAUUGGCUGCAUCCCUCCUCAGCACCGCCAACAGGCGGAACGCCGGCGCUCCUCCAACCACCGCGGGGUCGUUGCUGGGGGAGCCGCCCAAGGACUUCAGGAUCCCCCGCAAUCCCUACCUCAAUCUGCGCAGCCUGCUGCCGCCCAGCAUCACCGGUCAGCCCCAUAGCGCCGCCCCAUAGCGCCGCCCCAUAGCGCCGCCCCAUAGCGCCGCCCCAUAGAGCCGCCCCAUAGCGCUGCCCCAUAGCAUCCAAUAGCACCGCCCCAUAGCGUCUCAUAGCGCCGCCCCAUAGAGCCCCAUAGCACUGCCCCAUAGCAUCCAAUAGCACCGCCCCAUAGCGCUGCCCCAUAGCGUCCCAUAGCACCGCCCCGUAGCGCCGCCCCGUAGCGCCACCCCAUAGCGCUGCCCCAUAGCAUCCAAUAGCACCGCCCCAU